GUCUUAGUCCAACACUCUAACUACUACGCUAUGCUGGCUAAUUGCCACCACCCCCCACAUGCCAGGCAGUAGUGUGCUGCUUAGUUCUGCUGCUGCCAUUGAGGUGGCGGCAGCAGCGGUAGUGGCAGUGGCAAGCCACGACAGCAACAAAGGCUGCCCUCCGCCACAGACUUCUAGAAGAAACAAAAGUAAAAAAAAUGUCGUGGAACCUAUGGCUCUGCGAUGAUCUAGGCCCAGCCCUGCAUCCUUUGGGAUGUAGCUUCUCCCCUGAGCCCAACUGAGAACUUGGUGGAAAGUAGAAAGCAACAAGAGCACCAGUUAACAUAUUUAAAGAAUCUUCUUACACCAUGGCAGACACAAAAUGUUUGGGCAUCAACAAUUUCCUCUACAUUUGCAUCUUUAUGAUUACCUUCUGGAAUUAUAUCCAUACUUCUGCAGAAAAUGGAUUUACAGAAAACCAUUCAGCGAGUUUCCUAGAUGCUGUUCCUAAGAAACUUCCAGCACAAACGGUAGAGUUGGAUUUGUCACACAAUACUAUCUCUGAACUUCAGAUUUCAGAUUUCAAGUAUCUUUCUAAAUUGCAGAUAUUAAUUCUUUCUCAUAACUUCAUCAGAGACCUUGACUUCAGUGUUUUCCAGUACAAUGAAGACUUGGAAUAUCUUGAUCUUUCCCACAACAACUUGUCGGCUCUUUCUUGCCAUCUCGUUGCAAGUCUCCAGUAUCUAGAUCUCUCAUACAAUAACUAUACAGCCAUGCCCAUUUGCCCAGAAUUUGGCAAAAUGUCGAAGCUGGAACAUCUUAGCCUCAGUGCUAGAAGAAUAGAGAAAUCAGAUUUCAGUGUUCUUGCUCAUUUACAGCUGGGCUUUCUGUUUUUAGGCUUAGAAGAUAUCUCUGAAUAUGGAAAACUUCCAGUGUUUAACACAAAGAGCCUUGGGAUUGCACUCCCCAAGAAUAGAGAAUUCUCCAUUUUGUUGGAUCUAGAAGUCGACGUUACAGAAAGCUUAACACUUUCAAAUAUGAGAGAUAAGCAGGUCCAUGACUUGACAAUAUUUUUGUCAAAUCUACCAAAAAAAGGAAGAUUGCUAAACCUAACACUGAACAAUAUAGAAGUAUCCUGGAAUACCGUUACUACAACUUUUCAGGCUGUGUGGCAAAGCACCAUAGAAUAUUUCAGUAUCUACAAUUUGUCACUUUUAGAAGUGACAGAUUCUCUACAUCCCAGUUAUCUUCCUACCUCACUAAAAGCAUUGACAAUUAAAGGUACUGAACUUAUUGAUACGGAGUUUGACCAGAGAUAUGUCUAUCAAACAUUUUCAGAUAUGAACAUUGCUUCCUUGACCAUUUCUGAUUCAAAAAUGUUACAAAUGCUUUGUCCUCCAAAAGCCAACAAGUUUACCUACUUAUGCUUUUCAAAUAAUCAAUUGACUGACAUGGUUUUCAAAGACUGCAAUAACUUAACCCGUCUAGAAACACUUAUUUUACAAAAGAAUAAGCUCCAACUACUCACCAGAGUGAGUUUGAUGACCAGUCUCAUGAAGUCCCUGAAAGUUAUGGAUGUGAGCCAGAACUCCUUGCGAUAUGAAAACAGUGAGAAGUGCUCCUGGGGGAAAAAUCUGAUUAAUUUGAAUUUGUCGACCAACAGGUUGUCCGAUUCAGUCUUUAGAUGUUUACCAGUCAAUAUUCAGGUGUUGGAUCUACAAAAAAACCAAAUUUCAAGCAUCCCUAAAGACAUUAUUGAGCUGAGCCAUUUGGAAGAGCUAAAUUUGGCUUCUAAUAAACUAACUGAUUUGCCUGGAUGUGGUCAGUUUAGAGGUCUGAGAUUGCUAAAUGUAGAAAGGAAUUCAGGUUUCUUUCAGUCUUCUGAAUUUUCCCAAAGCUGUCAGAAUAUCAAAAGACUAAAAGCAGGACACAAUCCAUUUACAUGCUCUUGUGAAUUAAGACAGUUAAUUAACCUUGAAAAACAAGGAUUUGUGAAAUUUGUUGGUUGGCCUGAGUCUUAUGUGUGUUCAUCUCCAGGAGUCUUAAAGGGAACCCUUUUAACAGAUUUUCACAUUUCUGAGUUUGUUUGCAGUACGACUCUUCAGGUGGUUGUAUUUUUAAUUAUUGCAUUGGUCUUAGCAGCUGCUGUUUCCUUCUUGUGCUUCCGUUAUGAUGUCCCAUGGUAUUUGAAGAUGAUUUGGCAGUGGACUCGAGUAAAACACAGGGUUUGGAAGAAGAAGCCUGAAGGCAUGAUUGACAAUGUACAGUUCCAUGUUUUUAUCUCCUACAGUGAACGUGAUUCUGACUGGGUGAAAAAUGUCCUGAUUCCAAACCUGGAGAAAGAGGAUGGGUCUGUACGGAUCUGCCAACAUGAGAGGAACUUUAUUGCAGGCAAGAGCAUUGUUGAGAAUAUCAUAGACUGCAUUGAGAAAAGUUACAAGUCAAUCUUUGUGUUGUCUCCCAAUUUUGUGCAGAGCGAAUGGUGUCAUUACGAGCUGUACUUUGCUCAUCACAGGUUGUUUAAUGAAAAUGCAGAUGGUUUAAUCCUCCUCUUGCUGGAAUCAAUCCCUUCAUACAUCAUUCCUGCCAGGUACCACAAACUGAAAGCUCUCAUGGCUAAGAGAACCUACUUGGAGUGGCCAAGGGAGAAGAGCAAGCAUGGACUUUUCUGGGCUAAUCUGAAGGCAUCUAUUAAUAUUAAACUUCCAAGCAGUGAAGUCAUGGAGUAUUUGUAGAUUAAAAGUCAGUUUUCAAUGAGAUGAAUUUAUAUUCAAAGUAUCAGAUAAUGAUACACAUGUUAUAUUGCUGAAUAUUGUUGCAACAAUUAUAAAUUUUCUAUGCAAAUUGUACACAAUUUUGAAAACAUUUUGGAAUGAAGUAGAGAGUGGAUAUUGGAUGUUUUCUACACAUUAAUAGAAAAGUUCUUCAUGAUGUAAGAUUGCAUUAUGUAAUUGUGGUAUGCAGUAUUUCUAUAGACAGGAUACAUGUAAUUCAAAAUUAUCUGCUGCGUUAAAAAGGCAGAUAUAUUGCAUUGGAAACCAUUAUGUGCUCAUGUGGCGUUGUAGUUCUGAGUGCCUCUUUCCAGCUUCGGUUGUACACCAGCAAAGUUCUCUUGAAACAGAAAGGCCUGACCACAGUUAUAGAUAACUGUGAUUUAGUAACAUGUUAACUGUGAUAAUUGUGAUUUAGUCACAUCCAGGCUUGCAAACUAUUAUGUGUUAUAUGUGGGGCUGCCCUUCAGAGGUGUACCUAAGUAAUUUUGGAGCCUGGACCUAAAAGUCUUUGGAGCCUCAAACACCCUCCCCCGCCCCCUGCUGCAAGUUAAGCAUCACCCCCUAUUCUUAUCUCACAUAUUUCUUUCCACACUCCCCCUUCUGUCUCUAAAGCACCUGUGUACAGGUCAUAAUCACACUCAGUCGCCUGGCGCAGUGCAGGCCAACGGCAACCAUACCAUCCAGGACAGACUAAAGAGGAUUUGGAGGGGCCCCAGGACUUCGGCCCCAAAGUCCAGGGGUAGGAGCGCCACUGCUGCCGUUGAAAAGUCUUUGAAAACUUCAGCUGGUCCAGAAUACAGCAAGUAGGCUGUUGGCCAUUGUGAACAUAUGGAAUCAGUUCCCAAAGAACAUUGCUGGCUCCAAGUUUGUUUGCAAGCCCUAUUCAAGGUGCUGGUUUUGCUCUAUAAAGCUCUAAAGGACCUGGGCCCAGGGUACUGCUUUUCCCAUGUGAACCUGCCGAGGAGCCGAGAUCUUCACCUCAGCUCUACCUCCUCUUCACCUGCCUAACCUCUUCCAGGCUGCCUGCAGAAGUUAGGCAGGCGGCUCCCAGGGAAAGGAGCUUCUGUGGUUGUGCUCCAGUCAUGACUGUCCUUCCCCAGGGAGAUCCACCUGGCACCUUUGUUAUCUUUUAGGAACCAGCCCAAGUCCAUCCUGUUUCAAUUGGCAUUGGGUUUUUCAUGCUGGUGUUUUAAUUAGUUAUUAGUUGAGUUGAGUUGCUUUGGUACGAUAAUAUUUUAACAAUUGCUUUUAUCUCUCUGUUUUUUUAAUUCAGCAUGUGCUGUUGUGUAUUUUGUGUUUUAAUGCAUUGCAUUUUUAUGUCUUGUCAGCCACCAUAUUAUUUGUUGGAAGAUGGUGUAGGUAUUCUUUAAAAAUAAACACAUCAUACAAUUUU